UCUGAAGAGCGGCGACCGCGCAUGCGCGCUGCGCAGAAAAAUAAUGGCCGCUUACGAAUAUACGCGGGAAAUAUUUUACGAACACAGUUCACAUAAAAUAUCAAUAAUAUUUUAUUUUAAAUAAAAUUUAUUUAUUAUAAAAUUAAAUUAUUGCUAAUUAUCACUUUGGCCAAAGAUUAAUAAAAAAUUACAAUUAUGAAACGUCUAAAAUGUCUACGAAUUAUGUGAAAUGUUUAGUGUUUAUUUUGGUGAUAUUAAUUUUAAUUAAUAUGUGUGAUUGUAAGAAGAAAGAUGUGAAAACGAAGAAGAGAAAAGUGGACAGAAGUGGUGUUAUGUACAAAAAUCCUCUUACACAUGGAAGACAUAAAAACGUCACUUCAAAAGAGCAAGCCCGCGGAUUUUUCGGAUCGGGUCUGUUCCCGUUCGGCAAGGUGAUAAAGCUGUUCACCGCUCCCGGCGACGACGACGGGCGAGAGUGCCAGCCGAGCGGGCACGCGGUGGCCCGCGCGGGCGUCUGUCUCAACGCGUACGAGUGCCACGACCGGCAGGGCAGGGCCUCGGGCGAGUGCGCUAAGGGGCUCGGCGUCUGCUGUGUUUUCGAGGUGUCCUGCGGUAAUACGGUGCAGAACAACCUGACAUACUUCAUGUCUCCCGGGUUUCCAGACCUCUGGAACGGGGAGGAAGACUGUGAUAUCACCAUACACAAGGUUACUGAGGGCAUCAUGCAGCUGAGAGUAGACUUUGUACAUUUCACUAUCGGCCAGCCAAAUAGAACAACAGGUGAAUGCGACGAAGACGCCAUGAUCCUGGGGGAAGGCGCAAACAACUUCACAGUGUGUGGACAGAAUCACGGGCAGCACUUAUAUUAUACAUUAACGAAUGAAAGAGAGAAACGCGACACGGAGGAGUUAGCCGGCGCGAGAGGCACACGGCUGCGCAUACGCAUCCGAGGCAGCGAGAUGCCCCGGAUAUGGCUCCUGCGUCUCGCGCAGAUGCCCCUCGCACACUCCGCACCACAUGACUGUCUGCAGUGGUACAGAGAAAAUAAUGGUACAAUAAAAACUUUCAACUACGCAGUCAACGGGCGCCACCUGUCGGGACACGAUUACAGAGCGUGCAUAAGGCACAACGUGGGCUACUGCUCAGUGAGGUACACGCCGUGUGACAGCCGCUCCUUCAGGAUCGGAUCUGGUGGCGAUCAAGUCCAGAAUACCGAUCCAG